AUGGACCCCCAAUCACCACCCAAGCGGAUGACACGCGCCCGCGCCGCCGCAAAAGCUAGCGAUGCUGGGCCCAAGACGACCAAGAUUAUGACCGCCGCUGCCAAAGCCAAGGCAGCGCCCGCCGCCACAAGAGCAACAGCGUCGUCCAAGAGGAAAACCCGCUCUGACGAGGACGAAGAAGACCACAACGAGGCCUCUUCGACAGAAGCCCCCGCACGCGCCACCAGGGCCCGUGGUCGUCCCAAAAAGGCUGCCGAAGAGCCUGGCGAAGAAGAAGAAGCGACAUCAUCAAGUGCCCCUGGACGGGCAACGCGUGCCAGGGCUGCUGCACGCAAGGCCGCCGCUGACGUGCCCAAACCGGAGCCCACCAAAGAGACGGCCCUCAAGGCAACCCGCGGGCCCGGCCGGCCGAGAAGGCUUGCGACACAAGAAGAUGCCCCGGCUGCGUCCGAGCCGCCCAAGAGGACGACACGCACACGUGCUGCCACAGUGACGGCUGCGAAGCCGGUCGUCAGGAAGAAGGUCACAUUCGAAGAGCCCGAGAAAGAGAAUGUCAAUCCGGACGAGGGCAAGAAAACACCCGGUCUGCGCGGCAGGCCUGUUCGCAAACCGCCUGUGCCCAAAGCGGCGAGGCCGACGCCCAAGACGGCGGCGACUGCUGCGGCCAAGGAGACCAAGGAGACAAAGGCACCCCUUAGCCCUAAGAAGGUGACACAGAUGCCCCACUCCCGAGACGACUCGGAAGAUGAGCUCUGCCAAACACCCGUGAAGGCCUUGAUGAAGAGCCCGGUGAAGCCUCCUUCCAGCGCGCUCGGCUCAUUCAAGAAGCUCGAGCCUAGGCCCAGGGAGACCGAGCCCGCCGGAGACGUUGCCGACGAUGAGGGAGAAACACCCGAGAUCACCUUGAGCAGCCCGGCGAAGCGGCCCCCGACAUCACCCAGCAGAGACAACACCAUGAAGUCGCCAGCCAAGCGUGCCGAUGGCGUGACGAUCCUGCGGCCGGCGUCUGCCAUGAAGCCCUCCACCAAUGGCGAAACCACCCCCUUCAAGGCGUCGCUCCUGAACUCCCCAGCCAAGCGAUCGCAGUCGGCUGUCAAGAGCCUUAAUCUCCCCACUCACAACCGCAGCACCGCCGAGACCUCUCGCUCACCGUUCAAGGCUUCCCUGCUUCAGUCGCCAGCCAAGCGCCCCGUGAUCCCGUUCAAGACCCACGCUACACCCAGGCUUCAGAACGUCGUCGAGUCGCCGCUUGCGUCCACGCGCAAGGUUCCUGGUGCCUCCGCAGAGGCAGAGACGUCCUCUCAAGCGACACAGUCGGCCCGGACCAAGGCUUUCUACAUGGCAUCCCCGGCAGCCCUCCCGUCUGCCAUGUCAUCCUCCGAAAAGCUCAUGUUCGAAGAGCAGGGCGACGAUGCCAUGGACCAGGUGGCUGACCAGAUCCUCCUCCAAGAACCGAGUACUCUCAACUUCCCCGGCAGGCUGUCUGCCGUUCUUCCCCGCUACGCCGACCCCGCCCUCAAGGACAACCUGGCCAUUCUGCAUGAAAAUCUCGAGGACGAGGUCCGCGAAGCAGAGGCCAACAGCAGCGCUCAGGCGGUCUCGCAGAUCGUCGAUGAACUCACUCCCGACGAAGACGUCGCCGCAGACGAAGUGACCGAUGAGGAUGGAGAUUCCAUCAUGACCGAGGAACUCGAGGUCGAGUACCAGGAAAACGAGCCGCCAGUCUCAGCUAUUGCUGACGACACUGAGGGUCCCGUGGACGCUCCUGCCCCGCCCAUGGGCGUGUUUGCCCUUCGGGAGAAAGAUACUACGCCCUACGACGAUAUGGACUCAGACUCGGACGACGAGAUUGCGCACAGUGGUGAGGGACAGAGUUCACCUACCCGCGCUGUCCCGGCUACGCCCACUCCUGCUUUGUCGUCCCGUCGCAGCAUGGGCCAGUCCUCCAACAAGCUUGGCUUCACUCCUCUCGCGCAGCAGCUCAGCGCUUGGUCCGCUGCCAGUCCCGCGAAGCAGACGCGGCCGUCAGCCCCGAAGGCGACAGUGGAAAGCCCGAAGAAGCUGGCGCAGUCUCCCGCGGCUUCUGUCCGCAUUGACGACUCUCCCGCCAAGAGCACUUUUUUCGAGGACGAGAUGACCAUUCGCGCCGAGUUUGACCUCCAACAGCAGGUUGAGGCUGCCAUUGAAGAUGAGAUCAUGGCGGAGCUGGAUGACCCCGAGUUUGACGACAUGAUGAUCACUCAAGAAGACAUGCAGCUUGCCGCUGAAGCAGACGAGAUGUCUUUGCUGGAGCCUAGUCAGGUGGAAGAGAUGGCGGGCAUUCUCGCGCUGGACGACAGCCUGUCCGAGGCCAGUCAGGAGUACGGCGACGAGAAUGAGAUGCCUGUCGACCCGGCCAUGAACGACGGCCUUUCCAUCCCUCCGACGACGCCGCUCCGCACCCUCACCCGCGAGUUCCACACGGUCUCCAAGGUGCCGCUGAAGGCGGCUGACGACUCGACGCCGCGCCCCAAGAAGAAGCGUGCCGCCAGCAUUUCGCGCCUUCCCGUCAGCAGGCCCACGCAAGGCCUGACAAGGAGCGCGACCGUCAUCUCCUACUCUCCCAUGAAGAACAACAGGCCUGCUCUGGAGCCGAAGCACGAUGUAGAGCAGGAGGAGCCCCUGCAGUCUGCUCCUGUCACACCGACCAAGUCUGACAUCUGGUCGACCCUGGGUACCCCGGCGCGGACGCCGCGCCGGGACGUUGACCCCGCACUUCUCAGCGGAGCCGUCGUCUUCGUGGAUGUGCACACCAGUGAGGGCGAUGACGCUAGCGGCAUCUUCGUCGAGCUCCUCGCGCAGAUGGGUGCGCGCAGUGUCAAGAACUGGGACUGGAACCCUGACAGCGCCGGCCCUGACAGCUCCAAAAUUGGCAUCACUCACGUUGUCUACAAGGAUGGCGGUCAGCGCACCCUGGAGAAGGUCCGCCAAGCUAAAGGCGUCGUCCAGUGUGUCGGCGUCAGCUGGGUUCUCGACUGCGAGCGAGAGAAUGAAUGGCUCGACGAGGCUCCCUACAACAUUGACACAUCAUCGUCGUCGUCGUCGUCGUCCCGCGGUGGUGCCCGUCGCCGCAAGAGCAUGAUGGUCACCAGCCCGACCAAGGGCAGCCGCGACGCCCAGACGGCACCCAACACGCCCAUGAACAGGCGCGAAAGCACGGCCUGGGAGCACUCGCCAUCGGACCUCGUUGAGGACGACGAUCAGGAGUGGCAGACGCUUCUGACGCCGGUGCCGCAGACGCCGGCACCGGACGCGCUGGCCAGGUACGCCGCAGACUUGACCCCCGGCACGCCCACGGCCACUCUCAGCUCAUCGGAUGACUCGCCCCUGAGCGAGCCGAUGGGCAUGAAGACGUGUCCCCCCAAGCCCAACGCCUACAGCGAGAUGGGCCACGGCAUCCUCGACCGGGAGAAGGAUGACAAUGUUGUGAGGAGGUUGAUGGCUGCUCGCAGGAAGAGCUUACAGUUUGCCCCCAAGAUUGGAAGCCCUCUGGCCAGGGCCUGGUGA